UUCCAGUCCAACCUCUUCCCAAACCACCAGCCAUCCAUCCGCUUACUUUACGGAAUCAAACCCUCUAAACUCCGCAUAUUCCAAACAAGUCCCUCUCCUGCACCUACCCGAGGGCCUGUUUACCAUCGAAACCAUAUCCAGGGUGCAUUCUGCAAAACGCGCAUCCCCAAUUCGUUCGUUCCCGACCUCGCCCUAGCCGCGGAACCCUAGCCCUGACCGCAGAUUCCUCGGGCGCCGCGACGAUGGACGGAGGCGGAGGAGGAAGAGGAGACCCUGUCGAAGAUUUCCUCCUCGGCGGCGGCGGCGAGGACGGCGACCUCGCCAUCUUCUGCGAUGGCGUGCCAACGCUGUCCGGCGAUGGAGGACUUGUGAUUGAGGGUGUCAGUGGAGAUGCUUGUGGGUUUGAGCAAUCUAAUUUGGGGAAAAGGGGUAGAGAUGAACCAUCUUCAUCUGGUCCAAAAUCCAAAGCUUGUCGUGAAAAGAUGAGGAGGGACAGGCUGAAUGACAGGUUUCUUGAAUUAAGUUCGGUUAUGAAUCCUGGUAAGCAAGCUAAGUUGGAUAAAGCAAAUAUCUUGAGUGAUGCAGCCCAUAUGUUGGCACAACUUAGAGGUGAGGCAGAGAAGCUUAAAGAAUCAAACGAGAAGCUGCGAGAGACAAUCAAGGACCUGAAGGCGGAGAAGAAUGAGCUCCGGGAUGAGAAAGUGAGCCUGAAGGCAGAAAAGGAGAGGCUGGAACAGCAAGUUAAAGCAACGAGUGUAGUUCCUACAGGAUUUGUUCCUCAUCUCCCUCAUCCAACUGCAUUCCAUCCCGCUGUUUUUACUCCAUUUGCUCCACCACAGCAAGCUCCGGCCAACAAAAACGCUCCAAUCCCCGCAGCGUUCCCUGGGAUGGCAAUGUGGCAGUGGUUGCCUCCAACCGUUGUGGAUACAACUCAAGAUCCAAAGCUCUGGCCGCCGAAUGCUUAGGUGCAGCUACCGUUGAAUGCUGACUCAUGGUGCCAUUUCAUCCGUUGGCAGAUCAAAAUGUUUGUUAGGUCCCUGGAGAGGGAAGAAACUCGCAAUUCCGUUCGUGUUUUUGCUUUGUGUCACUGCAGUUGUUAUCAACUCUUGUCACAUUGAGGGGUGAUGCCUGUAAUUAGUAUGGAUCUUAACCCUCUACUUGCCAAAUACUUCCAUUGCUCCCUUGUCUCA